ACUUGAAAAUAGAUUUGAUAUCAAAUUAGAUUAUUUAAUUCUUAUAAUAUUUAUUUUAUUCUAAUCUUUAUUUUUAAGAUUAAUUAUAUUUUACACUAUUAGUUUACGAAACUGUGCUAAUUGUUUAUAUUUACAACAUGGCGGAUGCGAGUGAAAGUUCUCCGUCGGAGAAAGAAGAGAAAAUGACACCUGAAGAUAAUAAUAACGUUGAAGGAGCUGAAGGUGGAGAUAGUCAGGUGAAACCAACAUGUGUCAUUGUUCUUGGAAUGGCUGGAUCUGGUAAAAGCACAUUUGUACAGCGGCUAACAGGGCACCUUUUUAUGAAGAACAAUGCUCCCUAUGUCAUUAACCUCGAUCCAGCUGUACUUGACGUAUCUUUUCCUGCCAAUAUUGAUAUUCGAGACACUGUGAAUUACAAAGAAGUCAUGAAACAGUAUCCUUCUUGUUGUAUUGUGUUUGUUUUGUUCAAUUAAAUAUUUCGAUACCAACC